CGCGAGGUCAAUAAAUUGAUAAUCAUAAAAAACCCCAAAAAAAGAAGAAAUUAAUUUAAAUCAAUUUGAAAAAAUUGGUCUUCAAGGCAUUCACAUUGAAAUGAGUUUAAUCGGUCCAAAAAAUGGAACCACUUCUUCUGGCAAUAAUUUAAGUCCCGAUGGCGACUUGGAAGAGAAUUCAUGUUGUGAAAGUGAUGAAGACUUUGUUAAUAAUCAACAACAACAAACAACAGCUCCAAUGACAUCUCAACAAAGUAAAAUUAAUCAAUCGGGUGGAAAUAGCAACAAAUCACCAGGACAAUCGACUUUAAGAUCGUUGGACAGUCGUCCAUCAGUUCAUGAUGUUUAUGCAGAAAUGCCAGCAUCUUCCACUUACAUCGAAGGAAUGUCUCCAAUGCAAUUAUUUAAUGAGGAGAGAAUGCGUCGCAAGUUGCAAUUUUUCUUUAUGAAUCCAAUUGAAAAGUGGCAAGCUCGUAGAAGGUUUCCAUACAAAUUUGUUGUUCAAGUGGUUAAAAUAAUCCUUGUUACAAUGCAGCUUUGUUUAUUCGCCCAUUCGCGUUACAAUCACAUCAACUAUACAUGGGACAAUCGUAUUUCGUUUUCACAUUUAUUCCUCAAGGGAUGGGAUUCAACCAGAGAAACUGAAUCCUAUCCCCCAUCCAACGGUCCAUUGGCCAUCUAUGAAAAAAGGCAAUUCUACGAUACUAUUGAUUUUGCAAUUGUAAGCUAUGCAAAUGUAAGUCGUUCAAUCGGACCAUAUGACUAUCCAUCAAAGGAUAAUCAAAUGGCUCCAAUGAAACUCUGUCUCCAUAGCUAUCGACAAGGUAUUAUCUUUGGAUUCAAUGAAAGUUACAUUUUUAAUCCGGAAAUUGUUAUACAUUGUGAAUCGCUUACUAAAAAUGUAUCAACUAUUGGCAUUGAGAAAUUCCUCCAACAACGUGAUGUAAAUGUUAGUUUCUCGGCAUUAGUUGAAGCAACUUUAUCAUUUGGCAUAAAAACUAUUAAUUUCAAAGCUUAUGGACCUUUGUCGGCUCCAGAUUGUUUUAAAUUCGAAAUUAAAAUACUCUUUAAUAAUCGUGAUCAUGAUGGACAGAUGUUGCUUUCAUUGGAUGCUGAUGCGAUGCGAUUGCAUUGUAGAGGAGAUAUUGAGUAUAUUACUGAUACUGAGCUUGAUACAAUCUUGAGAACUAUACUCAAUAUGCUUGUCAUAUUGAUUUGUAUGUUAUCAUUUGGAUUGUGUGCUCGAGCUAUAUACAGGGCACAAUUGUUGCGGAUACAAACUGUGAAUUUCUUCAGAGUGACAUACAAAAAGGAAUUGAGUUUUGAUGGGAAAAUGGAAUUUAUUAAUAUGUGGUACAUAAUGAUCAUAUUCAACGACCUUCUACUCAUCAUUGGAUCAGCUAUGAAAGAACAAAUCGAACGUAAAUUCCUUGUCAUCGAUGGAUGGGAUAUCUGUUCGGUAUUCCUUGGAAUUGGAAAUCUUCUUGUAUGGAUUGGAGUACUUCGUUAUUUGGGAUUUUUUAAAACCUACAAUGUUGUCAUUCUAACACUCCAAAAAGCCGCACCAAAAAUUGCUCGUUUCCUCUUCUGUGCUCUUCUCAUCUAUGCUGGCUUCACAUUCUGCGGUUGGCUAGUAUUGGGACCGUAUCACUUGAAAUUCCGUUCCCUAGCUACAACAUCUGAAUGUUUAUUUGCCCUCAUAAAUGGCGAUGAUAUGUUUGCCACAUUUGCUACACUCUCUAGCAAUUCCAGUUUACUUUGGGUCUUUUGUCAAGUUUAUCUUUAUUCAUUCAUUUCUUUGUACAUUUAUGUUGUAUUGUCAUUAUUUAUUGCUGUUAUUAUGGAUGCUUAUGACACAAUCAAACGAUAUUAUGGAGAAGGAUUUCCCGUAUCGGAUUUACGUGAAUUUGUUGGAACGAGAACUGAAGAGGAUAUAACUUCGGGGGUAUUUCUAACAGAUUUUGAUGAUUUUGGAGAUUCGACAAUAAUGAAUGUUUUGAGACGUGCUUUUUGUUGUUUUUCUGAAAAUGAAACACCCACAGGACCGACAGGAUAUACUUCUUUGCAUACAGUUAGAAAAUAAUGUUGCACAAUAAUUUAAUUUAUUUGAAAUCCUGUCAGCUUAAUCCAAAUAUUUAUUGUUUAUUUUUAUUUUUAGUGUGUAAAUAGUGGAAAACAAAAAAAAAGAGUUUGAUGAAAGAAAUGUAUUUUUUUCUUGUAAGAGUAGAAUAUAAAUUAUGGAUGUAUUUGGUUAGAAGAAAAAAAGAAGACAAUAUUGAAUAAAAGUCAACAUAAAGUGCCACGAGUAGUACACAAAAAAAAUAAAAAUUUGUAAAUUUAAUUGUAUUUUUAACUUAAUCACAAAAAAAAACAAAAACAAAAAGAAAAAAGUUAAUAGUUAUGUAGUUUUUUUUGGUGCUUUAAGCUAUGGUUAUAGUUAGGAUAGUUAAUAACACCCUUAACGUGACCAUUUUUUUUUAAGACACACAUUUUGCCGUCUUAAGCUGCCUUCGAAUUCAAAUUUAACUUUUGUUUCCUUCAUUAAAAAAAAAGGAAUUUUCAAAUGUAAUCAUCAUCAUUCAAACUUUGUUAAUCCUUGUUUAAUAAUUCAUGUAUAAUUUUGAAUCAUCAGAUAAAAUUAUAGAAAAAUUAUUAAAUUGUUACAAAAAUCAUUCCAUCCAACAUUCUCACACAGCCAUCAAAUAAAGCUUUUUCUUAUAAAUAAAAAUUAAAAAAAUAUUUGAAAAAAAUGUUAACAAAAUAACAAACAAAAAUAAAUUUAAAUAUAAAUUAUUCAUAAUUUUUAUCUUAUUCGCCUUAAGCAUUGCCACAAGCCACAAUCAAUCCAUAUAAGCUGGUUUAUUAAAAAGGCUUUCAGCUUUAUUCGUUUGUAAUUGUUAAAAAAAAAAAAAACAAAUCAAACCAAAAUGUUUUUCAAAAAUUCAAUGCAAAAAAAAACGUCCAACUGCUUUUAAAUAAAAAAAAAAAUUGAAUUGAAAUCAGCUAAAAAUGUGUUCAAUAUUGCAUACAUAUAUUUUUUUUCAGAAUUAAUAAAUACAUUGGAAUAUUGAAAUACACUUAAUUCGAUAAAUGUACAUCAAUUUUUUAAGUACAAAUUCAGUUCGUUGGUACUUGUGCAGAAUAAAGCGAAGAACCAGUAAAUGACCAGUAACUACGAUUUGUUAGUACUAAAAUAAUCAGUACCCCAUGUAAAGUAUUUUACCCGAGCGUCAAAGAACUGUAUUUGCACCGGAAACAAUUAAUAAAGCACUUAAAGUUGUAUAAUGUACUUGUUCUUCUUCAUGUUGUUUUUUUUUUUUUUUUAAUUUCAAAACUUAAAAGUACCUUUUUCAAAAAUAUUAAUUCUCAUUUAAAUUACCUCUAUUAAACAUGUCGUUUGUACUAAAUCGACUUAGUAGGAGGUAUUCUUGUUGUGGUCUUUAUUAUUAUUAUAAGUUAACAUUUCCAAAUAUAAUAAUUUAUGAUUAUAGUUUAGAUUUUAGUUUUUUUUUGCUUUUUGUUGUUAAAUAAAUAUAAAUAUAUUA